AUGGUUACAAUGUUGUCGACGUACAUUCGUAGAUUCCAAGGACACGGUCUCGCCACGCACAAGAGCAGGGGUGAAGCAUCAAAAUCAAGAUCAGCGAGGAGAUCAAUCCACCGGUUUAAUAGGUCCGCCGUUCCAUCUAUAGCUUCACAUAGAAGUCUAGCGAUAAGCAAACACAUCAGGGGUCCAGUUUAUCCACAAGUCAAGACACCGAAUCAGGACAUCGGAGAAGCAAUGGAACAGUCUGAAAUACCUACAGUUCCUCCCAGAUUGCCUCCAAUUAAUCAAGGAAAUAGAAACAUGGUAGAUAUCAAUCGGGAGCCAUCUCCGUUGAUCUUUGAGGAAAGAAAUUCUCCAAACUUGAGAGAGCAUCAUCAAUUUUAUACUGCUUAUGAAGAUACCGAUGACAUGCCACGUGAAGGCUUAGAAUCAAGUUGGUCUUAUAACAGAGCUGAUCUGUGGGUGUACAGUCCAGACGAGUCGUUCGAAGAAGACGACGAAGGAUGCUUUUUGAGGGUUAGCCAAUCAACACAAACUAGAUUCGGUUUACCGCCGCUGAAUAGGGACAAACAUCAACAGCAAUCGAGAUCUAAAUCCAUAGAUAAAAUCCCGUAUCACAGCAUCUACCGAUCAUCUUCCGGGUAUUCAACAAAAGCACAUUAUGGAUCUGUUUGUCAGGACACUGAGGAAUGGGAUGGCGAAUUUGAUCCGGAAGCUAUCAGAUACUUCCGGUCUCUGACACCAGUGGAAAUCGAAUGGAUGCCUCCACCUGAAACGGGUGAUUUUAGCCCGAUCUCUGAUACCGGAUCUGAUCUAGCCAGCGUUUAUCUACCAUCAUUAGUAACAGGUGGAAGACGCCCUAGGCCUUUGACACCAUUCCCGGAUAGCAUAAGAGAAGAACAUACUGAAGUGACACAUUUCAGACAUACUAAAACACCACAGCAGACGUGGAGAACUGAGUGGGACUCUCCAGAGGUUGAUACGACGAAAAACAUGUCGAGAAGCCUGAAGAAAAGACACAGGAAGAUUUCCGAUGCUAACAGAGACCUGAAAUCCUCAGCUGAACACUUCCAAAGUGCACAAGGGAUGCAUGCAGAAGACAGAAAAGAGCUAUGGAACACAAGCGGAUCUUCGAGCACAGAAGACUCCGAUAAAGAAUUGGAACAUUCUUACCAAAAAGAUUCUGACCAAUACUUUGAAGACUAUUAUGAAGAAUGGGAAGACUCGGACCAAGAUUGCGAUAAUGAAUUGCGGGACUCUGGCCAGGAUCUGGUAAACUCGGACCAAAACCUGGACUCGGAUCAUGACUUGGCCAUGAGGUACCUGGAUUGUGGAUCUAAAGUCACAGAUCAAGACUUGGGAAUUACGGACCGCAUCAUAGACAGUGCAGACCUAGAUUCGAAAGAACCGAAUCAAGUCACGAAUGUAGACCAAUGUCGAAAUGAUACCGAAAAAAAUCUAGGGUCUUUGAAAGAUCAAUGGGAAGAAGCCGAAGGAGGCAUGACAAGUGGAAUGAAAUCAAAAACCAAGUCAUUCUUUGACAGUAAAUUUAAAGCCUAUUCGACAAGACAAGCUGCUGAAGACGAAGCUCAAGAUGCCAAGGACGAUCCACAGGACGAAGCUGGUGCAAGUGAUGGCAAUUUAAAAAGAAAACAGAAACUCGAAUUGGAACUCAGCGAAGCUGAGCUGGAUAUAAAAAGUGAGUUAACGGAAGCGUGGAAGAACUAUGAACACGAACAAAACCGAUAUUUCAAGACGAUGGCGAGAGUCAGAGAAGAGCAGGAAAUAGCCAAUCACUGGCGACUGGACGCUCUUCAAUACCGACUGAGCUAUGUUAUGUUGAAAGCAGAGCUUGAUGAAAAGAAGGAAGAGGCUCGGACUACUGGUUCACCUCCAUGACAUAUUUUGAAAACGUCAGUUAUUGAAUGGAGUUUCACCUUAUUUCUAUGAGUUCCAAAACUAAACGAAGACACUGUAUAUUCGAGUUUUAUUUUGGAACUCAUAGAAAUAAGGUGAAACUUUCAAUUGUUCUAGGCUGUCCUUUUUUGCCUACUAAUAACAGUCCAGCAUAGUUAUUUCUGCUUACCCGGGUCCGAUUAAAACCGUUAACACGAGUCCAGUCCACUUUGUUUUUAGGUAGAAUUAAUUGUAAUAGAGACUAUACAGUCUAAACGUAUUGUGUUGAUUACUAGUAA